AUGCCAGCAGACUCCCGUUCUGGAGGAGGUCCCUCAAAGCCCCCGCCACGGAAUCCUAAACAAGAGGAAGCAGGAGUGACUCCAGAGGCUUCCCACUCUGCGUCUGAAACCUUAGGGGGGCGAUACACCCAGUCAGCUCAGCGUAACCCUGCGUAUUCAAGCUCACAGCACCUUGGAUCCAACAGAGGGAACGGGCUGUCAGGCGUUCUUGAAGAAGGCCUUCCCAACCGUUCAUACCAGGGCUAUUCCUUCCCGCAGGACGGUGCUAGCGGGGGUGGCAGUGGUCGCACGCAGACACUGUCUUCUCCUGGGCCUUCCGAAGCUCCCGUAGUGCCACUGCAGUUACAGCCUCCCCUUGUGGGGUACCCCUACCAGGCAACCCCUGGCUGUUACCUGCAAGUUCGGGGAGCCUCAGCGCCCUUCGCUGCGACGCAUGCAACGGGACCAGUGGCCGCGUCACUGCUGCCCAUGCGGCAGCUUUAUUAUGCGCAUGCAACCCCUUCGCCUCCCCACUAUGCGCAGCAGGCGUUGGACUACCCCUACCUCACCAUGAUGGGGGUCCCUUUGGUUUCAUGCGCACAAGGAAGCCUGCAUGGAGGGGCAGCCGAUACCCUUGGGGCCUCUGGGAAGCCGAAGAAGCCUGCAGCCAGUGCCAGCAACUCCAGGGAGUGCCCCACGCAACAAUCGGCUGGUGCUAAGGAUGCAGUGGCUGAUCCAGGAGGAGCCGCCGUUGCUGCUGAUCCUGCAAGUAGUGACCGUAGUCACUGCAACAGAGUACCAUGGCAUGUAGCAGACAGCCACACAAAUGUGGAAGGAAAAUGGUUCCCCCCUACAGCAGCAGCUCCUGCUGCUGCACAGCCAGCCUUAAAUGCCGCCGCCAACGUUGGUGCACUCGACGCCCCAGCGUCUCACAGCAGUCGUUGUGGAUUCGAGAAGCAGCAUGAACUGCAGCGGCAGCACCAGUGGCAACAAAGUCAGCACUGGCAACAGCAGCAGCAUCAACAGCAGUGGCGGCAGUGGCAACACGCGCACUGGUUACACUGGCAACACCAAAUGCACUGUGCUGUAGUCCCCUCUGUAGACAUGCCCAUUUAUUCCUACAUGCCUGUGCAGCAUCUGCAUCAGCAGCCCCAGCAUCUGCAGCAGCAUCAUGCGCUGCAGCAGCAGCAACACAGGCAUUUGCAGGAGCACCAGCAGCAGCAGGGACAGGUGCAGGACCAGCAGCAGUGUUCGGGUGGGCUGCCGCAGCAGCGGCAGGAAAGGGGAAGACAGAGGGCAACUGGACGAAGCAGAAUCCAUCAGCGGGAGCCUCUGACAGCAGAACAGGUGACCCCGGUGACUAUCUGUGGCGACUCCACUGCUGCGCACAGCGCCUCGUGUGAGGUAUCGCCGCAGCCGGCUCAGCAGCAGCAACGCCAUCGAAAGGUUGGAGGAGCAGUGCCUCGUCGAAGGGGCACAAACAGUUGGAACUUGCAAAGACCGCCUCACCGCCCCCGAUCUCUUCAGGAGGAACAGCAGUCCCUUGUAGCACGCUACCAGGUGCCGGGGGAUGGCUCUACAUCUGGACGGGGUGAAGUCGCAACGAGCGAUCCUGCUGCUGCUACGGCUUUGCCUGCUUUGGCGACUUCUGUCGCGCACGCCAGCGGCCAUGGACUUGUUAGCAGUGAGGGAGGACCGGGGGCGUUGUCGGAUGUCGGAGAAUCAGCGGCACCAGCAUUCCCAACUCAAGCUGCAAAUGCGGGGAACAGCGACGAGAGGGGGAAGCGUGGUGUCAGUGGUAGCGAUGGCAACUCAAGCAGGAUAAGCAGGAGCCUCAAAGCGAGCAGCAGCAGUCGUAGUACGAGCAGCCCCAACAGCCACAUGCUCCCAGAGGAGGGCUACGUGUACACGAAGAAUAUGGCCUAUUUGGCCCCCCUUGUUGAGAGAAAAAAAGUUGGUCCCGAGGAUUUCCUGCUGCUGCACGUCAUUGGGAAGGGAUCCUAUGGGAAGGUAAUGCUGGUUAAGUUCGAGCAAGACCACCAGCUUUAUGCCCUUAAGGUCCUCCUAAAGAGCUCCUUGUUACGCCGCAGUCAGGUGCAGCAUACGCGCACGGAGCGGGCGGUGUUGGAGGUCAUCUCGCAUCCUUUCAUUGUGCAGAUGCACUUUGCCUUUCAAACACCCAAGAAGCUAUACUUUGUUUUGGAUCUAAAGCCAGAAAACGUCCUCCUUGACGCCGAGGGCCAUGUGAGGCUCACAGACUUUGGCCUCUCCAAAAGCGGAAUCGCCGACAACAAUAGCGCUAGGUCCAUCUGCGGGACCCCCGAGUACAUCGCUCCCGAAAUUUUGUGUCAAGUUGGCCACGGGAAAGCGGCGGACUGGUGGAGCCUCGGGGCACUGCUGUACGAGAUGCUUACUGGCCUCCCGCCGUUCUAUACGUCUGACCGCCAGGCCCUCUUCAGCAACAUCCUUUGGGGUGGAUUGGACUUCCCUGCUUACCUGUCUCCAGUUGCGGUGGACCUCUUAAGAAGUUUGCUGCACCGUGACGCCAACAACCGAUUGGGGGCCGGGCCGUUAGAUGCAGAGGAGAUUAAGAUGCAUCCAUUCUUUCGGUCUGUCAACUGGGAGGAUCUCUACGCCAAAAAGGUGAAGCCUCCCUUCAAGCCGCGUCUCCAUUCGCAUGAGGACUCUAAAUAUUUUCCGCCGGAGCUCAAGAAGGAACCAGUGCUAUCGGAGGAAGAGGAGGGACCGGACGCUGCCUUUGGAACCGCAACUGCGGAAGGCAAUGCCUCCAGAUCUCAGCACUCAAGAACACCCAACGCACACGACAGCAGUGGCAGUAGCAGCAGUAGCAGCAGCAGUAGCAGCAGCAGCAGCAGCAGUAACACCAGUAACAGAGGAGCGAAGCCUGCGUCCGAUGGACAAGGUACUACCACUGAGUUCGCAGAUUCCGUGGAUCCUCCAGACGAAGAGAGGCCCGAUUCUCCCUGUAGCUCCAACCCCACAGAUCUCGAUGAGGGAGAAGGACUGUUUCUAGGUUUCACAUAUGACGAGCGCUUCCAGGGGACCUGGGGCAAAGCAGCAGCAUCUCCAGACGACCCCUACAACUUCUAG